AUGAUUACGAAAUUUAUAAUUCCAUUUACCGAUAAUAACGCUGAUAAAGAUGGCCGCGGCGAAAGCGUGAAAACAGCGCCUCGCCGCGGAGCGCGCAUCCCGCUCAGGAUCGCUCCGAUGUCGCACGCGAGCUGUUUCGAGCGCGUUUGGCGGCGCGUCUGGUGCCCCGCGCCGAGGAGAUAUAUAAACUCGCCGAUCGUUUUGGUGUCAACACAUCGACUCAAGUCAUCUUCUUCUUUUUCCGAUUUAGGAAAAGCUUUAAAAAGCUUCUCUCGUCACCGGCUUUUCUACCGUACUCCUCGAAGUAAAAUCUUCUCCUGUUCCGAACAGAAAAGAAACAAAUCAAAAGUCACAAUGGUUUUCUCUGCAAAGUCAAUCGUCUCAGCUCUCUUCGGCUCCGCUCUUGCGCAAAGAGCAGGACAACGAGAAGAGACUCAAGAAUCAUCGAUUCAAGGACGACGAUACAAGGACUUGAAGCUUCUUGCGCUUCACUACAUGCCCGACUUUGACGAGCGAAAAUAUUGGACUUACGGCUGCAACUGCCUCAUUCUCGGCGAUAGACCGAUGAGUGACCCUGGAUUCGGUAGACCGGUUGACAAAUUGGACGGCGUCUGCAAAGCUUACAAAGACUGCCAGAAAUGUGUGCAGAUGAAGUUUGGUGAACAAUGCAUCGGCGAGCUUGUCCGAUACAAGUGGAAGAAAAACCAAAAGGGAAACAUCGUCUGCACCAACAAACCCAACACUUGCGAGCGAGCCCUUUGCGAAUGCGACAACAAGUACACUUCUGAGCUCCCCGCCGUCCGGGAUGUCUUCGAUGACAAAUACCAUGCGUUCUGGGGACCAUGGGAAUACCAAGACCCUAACAACUGCGUCCGAUCCCCAGGAAUUUCCGAGCCAGAGUGCUGUGGAGCCGAUGACGGACCCAUGGUUCUUUUCAACUCCCUGAACAAAGAAUGCUGCGCUGAUAAAACUGUCAGACCAAUUGGAAUGUGUGAAACAUUCUAA